AUGUGUUUAUCCAACGUUGUCACAGAUGUCAACACUAGCUCCAAUUUUCAAGACUUUUCGACCCAGCAUACAGCCCUUGACUUGACGAUUGACUUUGACCGUAAGGUCUUGAUUGGUCGAACUGCAAUUACUGGUCAAGUACGAGUCCAUGGUCUCGCCGAAAUUGUUCUAGACACAAGCCAUGUCGCCAUCAAAGGAGUAAGCUAUCAAGGGGGAAAGGCUGUGUGGAAAUUGAGGUCCGACGAUGGAGAGAAUGGCAGUCCAUUAUGCAUUGAACUUGGACGAAGUUAUGGGGAAGGGGAAACGAUUGAGCUCACAGUCGACUUCGAAACUACCGAGAAAACCACUGGCCUUCAGUGGUUCAGGCCCUCGCAGACAGAUGAUAAACAAUACCCCUUCAUGUUCUCCCAGUGCGAACCGGUUCAUGCCCGCUCCAUUUUCCCGUGCCAGGACACACCCUCCAUCAAAAGCACUUUCGAUAUAACGAUUCAUUCAAUACUGCCUGUCGUAGCGAGUGGUGUUCCUGAGUCUGAGCUGAUAUUCCCACCAAUCACGACCACGACCGAACAGAAAACCUACAGAUUCAAGAUGGAGAUCCCAAUCUCGAACUACCUCUUCGCCGUAGCAAGCGGAAAUUUGGCUGGAGAGAAGAUUGGACCGAAAAGCUAUGUUUACUGCGCCCCUGAUGACUUGGAAGCUUGCAAACAGGAGUUUCAACCGGAUCUACAGGCAAUAAUCAAGUCUGCAGAGAAUCUCAUCUUCGAGUAUCCGUGGCCACUUUACAAUCUGGUCGUGUUGCCAAAAUCAUUCCAUUUGGGCGGGAUGGAAAACCCAAUCUUCAACUUUUACAGCGCCACUGUCGUCUCGGGAGACCGAGAGAAUAUCUCUGUGGUCGCACACGAGUUCGCGCACAGCUACAGUGGCAAUCUUGUCACCAAUGCGUCCUGGGAGCACUUUUGGCUGAAUGAAGGAUGGACUGUCUGGACUGAGAGGAACAUUGUGCGCGAGCUCAGAGGGGACGAUGAGGUCGAGCUACAAGCCAUCGUUGGCUGGCAGGACCUUAUUCAAUCUAUUGAAAUGUAUGGCGGCGAAGACAGUAUCUUCACUAGCUUGGUACUUGAGUUCGAAGGCAAGAGACCGGACGAUAUCAUGUCCAAGAUCUCGUACGAGAAAGGCUACACCUUCCUAUGCUACCUUGAAGAGACCGUCGGACGAGAGAAGUGGCUCAAGUUUGUGCCACAUUAUUUCAGAACGUUUUACGGUGCCGCGGUUGACUCAUCGCAAUUCAAGAAUUGUGUUCUCAAGUUCUUCUCACCCGACGCCGCUGCUACUUCUUCACUUGGCCGCGUUGAUUGGAAUUCUUGGUUUCACAAACCAGGCGCGCCCCCAAAGCCAGAGUUUAGCUCUGGACUUUACAAGGAGGCCAUUGAAUUGGCAGAUCAAUGGGGCAGUCUCUCGGUCCGAUCUGCGUUCAGGCCGUCUGGUAGCGAUGUCGAGGGCUGGACAGCGGGACAAGUUUUGGUCUUUCUUGAUCUACUCAUUGAAAGUCCGCAGCCAAUCCCCCUCGAGCAUUGUAAGCUUCUUGACGAAUUGUAUGACGUGGGAAAGUCUACCAAUCUUGAAAUCGUCACUCGAUACCUUCGUGUCGCGCUCCAAGCCGGCGAUCGCAGUGUUUUGAAGCAGACUGAAGAUGUCCUAGGACAGACAGGCCGGAUGAAGUUUGUGAGGCCACUAUUUCAAGAAUUGUUGUCGGUUGACGGUGAGUUGGCGUUGGAGCUGUUCAAGAAGUAUCAAGAUUUUUACCAUCCCACUUGUCUCAGAAUGAUCAGAAAUCUGCUUGACGAAGAAAGGAGUUAA